AUGACCAUCAUGAACUACUGCAUUCUGUUCUUCCUCUGCUUCAUAAUACCCCUUGAAUUUGGCAACGUGGAAACGCAUUCAGGUCCCUCACCUCAGAUUCUGCAUUCUUCCCAUGAAGACAAAAACAGGUCCAUAACACUGCCUAUGAAAGCAGAACAUGCACACUCUACAUCUAGAAAAUUUCUAUUGCAUGGUUCUUGCACAAAAAGAGACAUAAGCAUUUCACAAAGUAGAACAUCUACAUCUGGGAUUCCACUAUACGUUGUGGAAAUUGUGAAUACCUGUGUUUCGGAGUGUGCUCCAUACGACAUUCACCUUCACUGUGGCUGGUUUGCUUCUGCAAGAAUAAUCAACCCCAGAUUGUUCAAGAGACUCUCUUAUGAUGAUUGUUUGGUGAAUGGAGGGGAACCUUUAGCCUCUGGUCAGAUCAUCAGAUUCACCUAUUCCAAUUCCUUCAUGUAUCCUCUUGCAUUCAAGUUUGCCAAAUUUUGCUAA